AUAUGCAGAGCGAAUCAGUCUCCAGGCGGUGCCAGGUGGUGGGUAGAGUACUACCCAGAGUAGUAGCUCUUACGAUACAUACUCGUUUCCGUUUCAUUCGCCGUGCCGUUAUUCCACGAUUAUAUAUCCGGAAAUACAUAUGUGCUCGCAUCCAAGUCCAUUCGUUUCUGUGAUUUUGGGAUUUGCAUUUGCAUAUUUGCAUCAAUUUUGCAUUUGCAUCAGGACGGGCAGAUACGGCCGGAACGGAAGGAAGGAAGCAUUCUGGCUUAUGAUCGGAGGGUUUCUUUUCCUGCUUCCUGCUGCCAGGCUGCGUGCGGGAGGAGCGACCGGUACUUCAUACCAUACGAACAGCACCGCGGUCAACCAUACGGACAGCACGUAUCCCAUGGUUGGGGGGUGUUCGUUAGUUGGCUGGCAAUUCGGGAUUCAUACGACAAAAGUGACCGACCCAGCUGAAGUUCGACGCCAGUGUGCAGGCCUAUGCGACGUUCGGUCCCAGCGAGCGACUUUUUGUUCUUUCCUUUUUUCCUUUUUCCAUUCUUUUUUUCCCUUCUCUUUCCUAUUUUCUGUUUUAUUUUCAUUUUUUAUUUCGUUUCCCAUCCUUUCACGCGUUUUCUUUGGUUGGGAUGGAACGGACAGGCAAGCACUGGCGACGAUGGAGAUCGAGCUAACUAUUCCGCAAGUGUGUCCACCUGCCACAAUCGUGUGGGGCCCCCCCCAUUUUUCGACUGCAAUCUCCCGCGAUCCCUGGUGGAAAGCGCAAGUGCAUUAGUUGGUUGGUUAGUCCGGGGGCCAAAAAAGCAAAAACAAAAGCCGCUCGCUCACUCGCUCGUUCUUUCGCGAUCGAUAUCUAUCGGGCUAGGGAGAUCCUGCCGACAGCGCGGGCGCCGCGGUUGCGAGAAGGCUGGGG